UUGAAAAUAAUGAAAACAACCUUCACCUUUGACGUUUUUGCGGGAAGAUUGAAAACAGCUGAUUUAUAUGCUUUGCGUUUUAGUGCGCCGAACAAAUUGAUGCGCACGGAAAUACAGGAAUAGUUUAUAUGAUGGAGAUGAUAUUGUUGGUCAGUGUUGGGACUGGUUUGGUUUUCAUCACCUUGAUUUUUGGUUGCAUGAGUUGCAGACGGAAAUUAACAGAUGAGGAGAUUCAACAGAAAUACUUCAGGAAGUUCAGCAAACGUCAUAUAAUCAACAGAGUGGAUUAUGUGCGGUCAGUUGCAGAGAUGAAGCAAAAAUCUCAGAGAAAUGAUGAGAAUUGUCAAACGAAAGAUGAAAGGUCCACACUAGCAGAUCCCCACCCACCUGUUGUCAAUGUUGAAGGACCAACUUCUCCACUGAGGAGUGACUACAGUUUCUUUGAUGAUUCAUUUCAGACAGUGAUAGAGGUAUCCAGUAGCAACGGGACCAGUAUGAGUAACGGAGACAGCCAGAAUCAGCUGAUGGUAUCAAAGGACCCUUUCGCCUCCUACCUCUCCCUUCACAAUAGUGAGUCACAACCGUGUCUCGGAAACGGGACAUCAUCUCAUCACGUUGUGUCAGAAACUGAAGGGGAAGUGAAUGCAGCCUUUUCAGAUAGACCAAACAGUUCAUCUUGUAAUUCAGGAUCAACUUGCUCCCUGUUUGACUCUUACAUAGUGUGUAACACUGGACCAAAAAUACACAUCAUUCAACCCAGUAUUAAGAGAACGAUGGAUUAUGAAAUCCCUGCUGUAACCAAAGAAACUGAUAAAACAAGUGUGCUUCGGCUCAAUGUGGGUUUAAUCCAGAACAAGUUCAAACAGAAAAGACAAGAAGAAACCACAAACCAGUCUAUGAAAAUGUUGGCGGUAGGUAAAGAUAGUGGAGAUAGAUACAGUCCAUUCCCAGUCGCUAAAAAGCUUGCUUUUAAACCUGCUUUUAAACAAGUGUCCUCACCAAGGUUCUCAAUGAUCCAGACUGUGACUGAAAAUGUAACCAGUCAGUUAGGGUACCCACCAAAAAUGUUCCUUGAUGACCUGAACAUUAAAACGCCUGAAAUAAAGGUAGAUAACAACUCACAAUUCUUUGACGAUACAGCUUUUAUAUCUCAAGAUGUGCUGAAUGCAAACACAGUCAAUAAAAAUGAAAAAUGUAUAAACAUAGAAGAUUUUGUCGCACCUCUGUGUAAAUUCUUGUACCAGUCUGUGGAAAGUGAUAUACAGUCUAAAGUGGGCUGGUCCAAUCUAAAAACAAGUCAUGCGGAAAAAAAUAUGUAUUGUAAUAAAAGUUUGCCUUCACUCUCUGAUCAUUUAGAGGAAGAAUUUGAACUACACUGCAACUCCAACAUAUACACAAGGUCGACACCAUGUGAUCUUGACACUGAAAACUGUAAUUUCUUCUGA